UACUGACUGAAUGUGUUGGAAGCCAACCAGAAAAUGGCAAAAAAAGUAGAUAAUCCAAGACAGCCAAGGUAGAGUACCCACCACUUAACCUUCCAAACAACUUCUUCAAGCUACCUCUCUCUCUCUCUCUCUCUCUCUCUCUCUCUCUCUCUCUCUGAGGACAGGAGCAUUCUUUGCCUCAAUCCAUGUUAACUAUCAGUCUCCAUGACUACUUAAAUAUAGACCCAUCACUUGUUAUUUAAUUUCCUCUAUUUCCAAUUUUCCUAUUGUCUCUCCAAGACCCUUGUUUUGGGAUACUUGUAUAUCUCUCCAGAGCCUUGAAGAAAAAGAUUAAUAUUAGAGUAUCCCACCAGUGCUAUAUAUAGCUUCAAAAUGGAACAAGCAAGAUACUGGAUGUGGCCGAAGCGAAAGCAGGCCGGUAACUUGAUGAGUUCUCAACUUCAUCAUCAAGUUUCAACCAACCCUUCUUCAUAUGAUGAUUCAUCAUGGGAAGAACAAGCUUUUGCGGAAGAUGCAGCUGGUACUCUUGGAGGUUGCAUAUGGCCUCCAAGAUCUUAUUCUUGUAGCUUCUGUAGAAGAGAAUUCCGUUCGGCUCAAGCUCUAGGAGGUCAUAUGAAUGUCCAUAGAAGGGAUAGGGCUAGGCUAAAACAGUCUCCAAACCUUCACAGUGAAAUCAUUAAUCCACAUCAUGAUCAUGAUCAUCAUCAGAAUCAUCAAAAUUCUGUCCAAAAUCCAUUAUUCACAUCUUUGGCUUUGCAAUACCCUUCACAAGUUUGUGCCUUGGUUUAUAACCCUAACCCUAAUUCUGAUCCUGCUGGUGGUUUUACAACUAUCUCAUCACCAUCCUCACCUCCUAGUACCGUUCCACUACUCUGUAAACAAGAACAAGCCUUGUUCCCUUGUUAUUCUUCUUCUACAAGUCUCGAAAAGCGACAUAAGAGAUCCGGUAUCUCUUCACCUCAAUCAUGGUCAAACUUGUCCGGCGGCAGCGAAAGAUUGUACCAUAACACUAAUCAAAGAAAUAGUGACAAGAUUUCGAGAAUUGUGGAGUCUGGAUGUAGGGCAAAAGGUGAUUUUGCGAAAACUGACUUGUCUGUGAGUUUAAAUUUAUUGGUUUGUCACGGUUGUCCAACUAUGUCUUCAGAGCUGGGUAAGAAGGAGGAGGAGGAGGAGGCUGUUAGUUUCAAGAGAAGAAGAACAGAAACUGUUUCAUCGCUAUCGUCCUUCCUGAAAUCGAAAUCGGUUGAGAGACUCAAUUGCCAGUCAGAGGUACUACUUCAUGAACAUAGCCCUCAGUCAAGAGAAGACUUAGAUCUUGAGCUCCGGCUAGGUGACCGACCUAAGGUAAAAUAGGUUUUCCGUAGUAAUUUCCAAUAUGAUCGACAGAUAUCAUAACUUGUAUUUUUUGUUCGUUUCUGUUGUUUGAUUUCCUCUCUCUCUCUCUCUCUCCUUUUUUUUUUUAAUUUUUAUUUUGAUCUUGAAGCGGCAAGACCUCUUUGCUUAAUUUGAGUUUGAAUCUGCUGCAGGGUGUAACAAUAACCCAAUUAUAUAUGGGUAUCACAUAUAUGUAUUAAAAAACAUAAAAAUUUGAUCAUGAUGAU